UAAUCCAAAUUUUGUGCAACACCUGCAACCGAUCAUCUCACCAAACCACCAUUACCCCCAAUAUUAUUUGCAUAACUUUGUAUAACUUUCACCCGUCAUGGCCGGUGGAGGACUAGCGGUGGCUUCUGCCGCGGGUGGAGUCGAGUUUGAAGCCAAAAUCACUCCUAUUGUUAUCAUAUCAUGCAUUAUGGCCGCUACUGGCGGCCUCAUGUUUGGUUACGAUGUCGGUGUUUCAGGUGGAGUGACAUCGAUGCCGGAUUUUCUGAAGAAGUUUUUUCCGGUGGUUUAUAAGAGGACGAUUGAUGGGGAUUUAGGUAGUAAUUACUGCAAGUAUGAUAACCAGGGGUUGCAACUGUUCACUUCGUCGUUGUAUCUGGCUGGACUGACGGCGACUUUCUUCGCGUCGUAUACGACGCGAAGACUUGGAAGGAAGCUGACGAUGUUGAUCGCAGGAGUUUUCUUCCUCAUCGGAGUUGUUCUUAAUGCGGCUGCACAGGACCUUGCCAUGCUUAUUGCUGGAAGGAUUUUGCUUGGGUGUGGAGUUGGUUUUGCUAAUCAGGCUGUUCCAGUUUUUCUUUCAGAAAUAGCACCCACAAGGAUACGUGGUGGCCUCAACAUAUUGUUUCAACUUAAUGUUACAAUUGGGAUUCUUUUCGCCAACCUUGUCAAUUACGGCACUGCAAAGAUCAAAGGAGGCUGGGGCUGGAGACUCUCCCUAGGCUUAGCCGGAGUCCCAGCAAUUCUCCUAACAAUCGGCGCACUCUUAGUCGUCGACACACCCAACAGCCUGAUCGAACGAGGCAAACUCGAGCAAGGCAAAGCCGUCCUCAAAAAAAUCCGCGGCACAGACAACGUCGAACCAGAGUACCUAGAACUCGUGGAAGCCAGCCGCAUUGCCAAAGAAGUAAAACACCCAUUCCGCAACCUCCUCCUCUCCAAAAACCGCCCUCAACUCAUCAUCGCGGUCGCAUUACAAUUCUUCCAACAGUUCACCGGCAUCAACGCCAUCAUGUUCUACGCUCCGGUCUUGUUUAGCACAUUAGGGUUCAAAAACGACGCGUCCCUUUACUCAGCUGUGAUCACAGGAGCUGUUAACGUCGUGUCCACGGUUGUAUCGGUUUACAGUGUGGACAAAGUUGGUCGUCGGUUUCUUCUACUUCAAGCCGGAGUACAAAUGUUUUUCUCACAAGUUGUGAUUGCAAUUGUUCUAGGGUUUAAGGUUACCGACAAAUCUGAUCAUAUGGGAAACGGUUUUGCAGUCCUAGUUGUUAUUAUGAUAUGCACAUAUGUUGCUGCGUUUGCAUGGUCUUGGGGGCCGUUAGGAUGGUUGAUACCGAGUGAGACGUUCCCGCUAGAGACGCGGUCGGCUGGGCAAAGUGUGACCGUGUGCAUAAACUUGUUGUUCACGUUUGUGAUAGCGCAGGCGUUUUUGUCGAUGCUUUGUCAUUUUAAGUUCGGGAUUUUCUUGUUCUUUUCGGGUUGGGUGCUUAUCAUGUCGAUUUUCGUGUGGUUUUUGGUACCGGAGACGAAGAAUAUACCGAUUGAAGAGAUGACGGAGCGGGUGUGGAAGAAGCAUUGGUUUUGGAAGAGGUAUAUGGUUGAUGAUGAUGAUGAGUAUGUUGUUCAAGAUGAUUUGGCUAAGAAGAAUGGGUAUAGUAAUGGUAACUCGUUAUAGAUUUGAAUUGGUUUGUUUUGGGAAGAACGAUUGGCGUUAUUAUAAGGUUUACAUAAAUAAAAAGUUAAGAACUAUGGAGUUUGAUUCGUAUUAAAGGCUUUUGUUUUUCUUUCUAACCGGAAAAAGAUGAGCGAUCCAAAAAAAAAAAAAAAAAUAGUGGAUAAGGUGUUUGUUUAGUGGUUGUGGAUCAAGUUCAUACUUCUUUCAUAUGUUACGACAUUUUAUCUUUAGUUAAAUUUACAUCAAAAUGUUCGACUUGA